AUGGCGGCCGGGGCGGCAGCGGGCCGCGGAGGAGGGGGGGUCACCCGAGCCAGCGCGCGAGGCGCCUUGCCCACAGGCGGCGGGGCUGUGAGAGCCUUCCUGAGGGGCGCCGAGGGCUGCUUCCCGCUGAGGUCGCCCACCACCACCAUAGGGAGGAACCGGGACGCUGACAUCGUGCUGCAGUCUGCAGGUGUGGAGGAGCGGCACGCGGCGCUAGACUGCGCGGCCGCCGGCUUCGUGCUGCGCGACCUGGCCUCGUCCCGCGGCACCCUGGUCAACGGCUGCCACGUGCACGGCGCCGCCGUCGGCGUGGGCCCCGGCGACGUGCUGCGCUUCGGCCCGCGCGGCCCCGGCUACGAGCUCGUGCUGCUGGAGGACGGCGCGGCCUCGAUACUUGCAGUCAGUCCCCUGCAGAGCCGCAAGGUACUUGCGGAUAUUGGCCGGGAUUCUUGGUGUGGCAUUGAGGGAACUGUGGCUCCUACGCAGACUGACCUUUUCCGCCCAUGCUUGCCCAGCAUCUUGACAAAUAUAUCAGGAAAUGGGCAGAGUGAUGUGGCAGGAGCACCUUCACCAGAGAUUCGUGAUGUGGAUUUCCUUCUUCAGGAAAAGGAUGAAAAGCUUCUGAGUCUGGAAAAGGAAAUCAGUCGCCUCUUGGGUUUUGAAACCGAAAUGAAGCAUAAAGAUACACUGAUAGCAAAUCUUCAGAAUGAAAUUGCAAGGAUGGUGAAGACUGUGGCCCAGGCUGCUGCUAGAAACAAUGUAGAGCUGAGUCAGAAGCUGCUAACCUUUGACCAAGAAAUGGGAGCAAAAACAGAGGAGAUUAAAGCCUUAAAAGAACAGAUCAGCAACCUCCAGAAAGACUCCAGCCAAGUUUUGAGCCAUUCCCUCUCUGAAAGAGACCUGGAAAUUGUAAGCCUGAAAAAACAAAGCGAGAAGCUAAAGAGGGAUCAAGCUUUAACUGCAGGACUAGUGACCAGCCUGCAAAGAGAGAUUGCUAUAAAGGAGCAGAAAAUUCAGCAGCUCAACCAGGAGGUUGAAAACAUGAAGAAGGACAACAGAGAAAAGGACAAUCAGCUAGCAGUUGUUUCUGCCAAGUACUCCAGAAUUAAAGAGGAAAUGAAGUAUGAACUCGGAGAGAAAGAAGUCAGUGCUUACCGAAACCGCAUUGGAGAUCUUGAACUUCAUGUGAAGGGACUGCAAGGAGAAAUACAGAAGUAUCGCACUGAACAAGAAACCAUGAAAAACAGGCUCUCCAAGAAGACAAAGGCUGAAGAGGAGCUGAAAAAAGCAUGUGAAAGGAAAGGUCAGCAAGUGCAGGAGAUGGGGCGCCGGGAACGCCUGCUGAAAUCCAAUUUGGAUCGGGCCAAAGAUCAGCUGGAGUCUUUCAAACAGCAAGUGGUGCGAGUCUGUUUUCCCCAAGCAACCAGAGCUGCGGAGAAGUCGCCCACAGAUGAGCAGUUAAUUGAGAAGAUCAGGAAGAUCUCAGAUGAAAACCAGCAACRUCUUGAAAAAGAGAAGCUUUUCCAGAAGGAAAUAACUUCUCAUCUCACGAAGGAAAAAGAACUGUCUGAAAAUGUCGAAGUGUUCAUGAAAUCAUUAUAUGGGCUCCAGGCUUUCCUCAGGACCUGUCGUGGCAGCGCCAGCCUGAGACAGGAGCUCUGCACCUUUGAGGCUCUGCGCGUGGGCCCUCCUGUCUCGGAAGUCCACAAGGCUGUGGCUGGGACCGUGCGCUGUCUCCUGGCCUGGAUGGAGGGAGUGGAGCAGCUCCUGGAGAGUGCGGGGCUGGACCUGCCUUCCUCUGAUGAAGGAUUGUCAGCUUGUAUCAGGAUGUUGUUGGAAAACAACCAUGAAGCCACACAAAGGAUUCAGCUACUGGAGACCCAAUUAGACAAAGUCCAGAAGUCUCAGGAUGCUUUGCUACAGGAGCAUUUGAAUGAUCUGAAAGCAAAACAUAAUCAAGACCUACAGAUAAAAAUCAAUCAGAUUAUCCUGGAGAAGGAGGAGGAAAGCAAAGAGAUUCUGGAGAGUGCUGUCGCCAAGGAGAAAGACAAGUUCAAGCAGUCUGUGGAUGAAGAAAAGAAGAAGGUCCAAGACUUGGAAUGUCAUCUGAGAAGUAUGACUGAGGUAAUUGAAAUGAAGUCAAAAGAGCAGGAAAUGAUAAAUGUCAAACUACGAGAAGCUAUGGACAACCUAGAAGAGACUGGGAAGCGAGAGGUCAUGUUAAAGCAGCAGUUACUCAUGCAAGAUGAACAGCUAAAGAUCACUCAGGAUGAAAAAGAGUUACUGAAGCAGAAAUUUCAGGAAGAGAUAGUGGAAUAUAAAGAACAAAUUAAGCAACAUUCCCUGACAAUUGUUGAGCUAGAAGACAGAUUGCUGGAGGCCAAACAGGAGCAGAAGAUUUUAGAAGAGGAAAAGACUGCGCUUUUGGAAAAAAUAGAAGGACUUCAGAGUGAUCCCUGCAGGUCAUCAUCAAGUGCUUCACUAGCAGCUUCUCAUACAGAGGCAUCCCCUUGUUGUCUUGUAGAAUUAGCCGCUGCACAGAAGGCAAUCCUGUCCAAAGAGGCUGUCAUUGCUGGGCUCACAAAAGAGCUUGCGGAAACCAAAGCCCGAAUGUCAGACAUGAAAGGAGAGCUCAGUGAGAAGCAGAAGGUGGAGUUGGAGUGGAACCUGAGCCGCGUGAAGUGCCAGGAGAGCGAAUUGAGAGCCCUUAGAGAGAAGCUUUAUGAGAUGUCAAACCUUGUGGAUAAGAAGGAUAAAGACCUGAAAGCAGUUGCUGAAGAGCUAAGGCAAGCCCAAGAAAACCUGAAAGUGCUGAAAGAUGCCUCAAAAGAAACAGCAAAAGAGACUUUUCCUCGAACACAAGUGCAGGCCAGCGCUGCAGCAGCAGAUGAAGUAUCUGAAAGGGACCUGGCUUUGGGUUUGGCUGAGCUGGGUGCAAAAUGCAGAGGCCUCAGGCACGAGGAGACCAUUCAGCGCCAGAAGGAAGGCUUGGCCGAGCUCCGCGAAAGGAUAAAGCUGCUGGAGAAGGCGCAGGCUGCAACAAACUGGGGGCUGGAGCCACUUGUGAUUCUGAAGAGGGAUUUGCCAGAGAAAACAGCGCAGAGAGCAGGACUCGCAAAGGAGCAUCUGUCCCAAGGCAGUUCCAGCAAGUUUCCCAGCAGUUUUCCUAGCGAGYGUUCGCCUGGAGCAGCUGAGGAGCCCGCCAGUGUGGCAGCAUCUGAUGCACUAGACCUCAGUGAGAAGAUGUACCUUGAUUUAAUCCGUGCUCUGGGAGCACUGAUGAAUAUGAAAGAGCUGACAGGAAUGCAGUCGGUGAGACAUCUUCCUCAGGAGGAGAGGGAGAACGCAGGGCUGCAGAGACAGAAGGACCUAGAGCUGCUCUACGAUAAGAUCCGUAAACUCAAGAGCCGUCUGGAAAGAAAAGAAGAAAUGCUAAAAGAUUAUGAGUCCAGUGCUGAGCAGCUCAGGCUGAACCAAGCGUCCCUGCACACGUGCCGGGAGGAGGUGGCCAAACUAGAGGAUGAAGUCCACAGGGAAGCGGAGGAGAAGGCGCUGCUGAAGGAAGCACUGGAGAGGAUGCAGGUCCAGCUGAACCAGGAGAAAAGGCUGAACCGGGUGGCAAAGCUGCGCCAGAGCCUCGUCCAGGACAAUGAGAAGAGAAGCAAGAAGGAGCUUCCAAGGGGUGCCCGUUCCCAAAAAGGCCARGUUGUAAAGCCCGCAGCCCCCAAGUUUUCACUUCUGGAGAAGCGGAAGGUGAGCGAGAGCGCGGCAGCCGCGCACAAGACGGCGAGCGCGUAG